CUUCAGUCGUCUGCUUGCUUAGCUGUCAUCCAGUCAUCGACCUUCUUGACUGUUGAUGACUAAAGUUUCCAAGGAACACCUGCUGAUUGCACAAUCAUCAACUUGGUGAAAAAGUAUUCUUUUCCGCCCAGUUUCCUGUAGCCUUGUCAUGUUUUUUUAUUCAGUACUGCAGUCAUAAUAUUUUUCAAAUAUCAUGACUUCUUCUGGAACAACUUUACAACAAGCUAUAGAGCUUGGAAAAAGAGCUGUGUUACUUGAUCAAGAAGGAAAACAUGAAGGGGCUGCCUACUUUUAUGAACAAGCUGCUGUUGCCUUGGAAGAAAUAGUAGCUACAAAUUCAAUUGUACAGUCUGCAACUUUGGCUGUGAAAGCGAAUGAGUAUAAGCAACGAGCUACAUCAUUAAGAAAUUUAUAUUUGUCAUCCAAUGACAUGCCUUCAUUGACAGAGGAGCAGCAAUCAAUUUUAAAUAAUGCCCGCAACUCAGUUAAUAAAGCUUUGGAGGUUGAUGAAAUGGGAGAGCAUAAAAAGGCUUUACCGCUCUACAUAGAUGCUGUUGAAGUCUGCAGUUCUGCUGCUAAAGCAACAUCAGAUAAAAACCUUCAAUUAAAACUGACCAAAUUAGCAAUGCAAGCUUUAAAUCGCGCUGAAGAAUUGAAGAUGAAACCUCAAACAAACAAAAAGACAGCAUCAGCUUCACCAGCAGUAUGGGCAUCAGAAAGUGCACCAGUUGAACAUCUUUCUGUUUCCAACUUAAAAGUGUCUGGGGCCCAGACUUAUUCAAGCGAAGAAAAAAAAGUUUUAGAAAUUACAUCUAUGAUAAAUGGACGAGAAUAUGUUCCUUUCAUGGCCGGUGAUCUGCAAGAACGUUUCAUUUUAUUAUCUACUUUCUCGGACAGACAUGGAAAACUAUCUCUUUCGCCAAAACAGAAGAAAUCAUUUUCGAGAUGGGCAAGGGCGGAAGAAAUAAGUGCUGACCCGAAAGUGAUUGAAAACAUUGACUGCUUUAGUAUUAAACAGACUGUGGUUUCUGAUUGCUCGUUCGUCGCUUCUCUGGCUGUUUCUGCCCAGUAUGAAAAACGUUUCAACAAAAAACUCAUCACCAACAUAAUUUAUCCGCAGAACAAAAGUGGCAUGCCACUUUACAAUUCAUGCGGCAAAUACAUGAUCAGAUUGCGUAUUAACGGAGUCUCUCGAAAGGUUGUUAUUGAUGAUUAUUUACCCAUGGGGCGUCACGGAGAACUUCUUUGUUCAUAUUCAGUAAAUCGGAACGAAUUGUGGGUUUCCUUAUUGGAAAAAGCUUACAUGAAGGUCAUGGGAGGAUAUGAUUUCCCUGGGUCAAAUAGUAAUAUCGAUUUACACGCCUUGACCGGCUGGAUACCCGAACGUGUCGCUUUGAAAUCCAGCGGUGGAGAAGAGUUUAAAAAGGAAGAACUUUUCAAGAAACUUUAUGACAGGUUUCAUAAGGGUGAUGUCCUUGUUACAGUCGCAACGGGCGAAAUGAGUGAAGCGGCAGAAGUUCGAACUGGAUUGGUUUCAGCACACGCCUACGCCCUUCUAAACAUACAAGAAGUGAAAGGAAUCCGUUUGAUUAUGCUUAAAAAUCCUUGGUCACACGUUCGAUGGAAAGGCAAUUACUCUGAACUCGAUGCCAAUCAUUGGACGGAAGAUUUGAAAAAACAGUUGAAUUAUAAUCCAGAAAGUGCUGCAAACUUCGACAAUGGAGUGUUUUGGAUAGAUUACGAUAGUCUGUGCACUUUUUUUGACGUCGUAUAUCUUAGCUGGAAUCCUUCUCUCUUCACCCACACUUUUUCAAUUAUUGGCUGUUGGAACGCUGGCUCAGGGCCGGUUAAAGAUUUGUACAAUAUUGGAGAGAAUCCUCAAUUCAGCUUAACAGUGCGUAGUCCUGGGUCUGCAGCCGUCUGGAUUCUUCUAUCGCGGCAUAUUACCGACAUAGACGAUUUCCGAGAAAAUAAAGAAUAUAUAACUGUUCUAGUAUACAAGAACAAAGGGAAACGUGUAUAUUAUCCUGCCGAUCCACCGCCUUAUAUCGAUGGUAUCCGCAUUAAUAGUCCUCAUUACCUAUGCAAGCUUCUUCACACGCAAGCAGGCGUCGAACGCUACACCCUCGUCAUUUCACAGUACGAGAAAUCUAAUACCAUAAACUAUAGUCUCCGGGUGUAUAGUUCUUGUCCAAUUGAACUAAAAAAAAUAACGAAUCCGUACAGAUUCAAAGAUGAAAUAAGAAAGGAUGGCUGGAAAGGAGUUAGUGCCGGUGGCUGUGGAAAUAAUCCUCGUACCUAUCCAAAUAAUCCGAAAUAUCAAUUUACUUUAGAGAAGACGAGCGAUCUUUUAAUCGACCUUAAAGGUCCGAAAGAAUUUUUAAUUGGAUUUGACGUCACAUGCAUUUCACUCUGCGAUAAUGAUUCUUCGUCUGGGACAUUUACAAAAAAAUCCUCGGGCGCAUUUAGAUCAGGAUUUGUGAUAUUAGAACUGGAGAAUGUUCCUGCGGGAACAUAUCAAAUAGUUCCAUCGACAUUUCAUCCUGGACAGGAGGGGUCAUUUUUCCUUACCAUCCAGUCGCCUAAUCAAAUCAAACUUAAAAAAAUACAUUAUUAAGUAGGUCUGGCAAUCACAGGAAUUGUGACGUUUGACGUAGAAGUUAUUUUUUGCAAAUUCUUCGGAUCGUGUGCAAGUGCAACUGUGCAAGAGUACAUGUUUUGACAACUGCUCACAAGCAUUUUGAGCUUAAAGAAAAAGAGAGAAGGGGGAGACAGCUAAUCUUGAAUCCCAGUGGACAUCAAAGGGAACAAUAGAGCUCAGUUUAGGCAACACAUAACAUCUUUGCAUUUGAAAACAAGUUACUUCCAUCAACGGAUGAAGAAUAAGAAAAUGCCUAUAUGUUGCAACAUUUCCACAAAAAUCCAUAGUCAACAACCAGGUAAGGAUGCCAGAAUGUGAUACAUAGUAAGUAUACAAAUAACAUCUGCAAUGUUACAUUUUUUUUUAUUUCUAAGAGCAACAUCAAAAGACAGAAUAAAACAAAGAUGAUAUUAACAAACCACACCUAAACAUAGAGGAAUGUGUAUGUGACAUAUUUUAAUCCUUCCAGCUUGAUCCCCAUUCUUGCUUCAUGACCAGGAGAGUAUGGUUGCUCAUUUCAGGACCAAUCAAAGGAUUCAUUUGCAUCAAGUAGCAGCAAAGCCAGCUGAAAUCAAAAUGUAACUUUCUGUUAAAAGGUUUGAUUUUUUAGUAAAACAAACUAGUUUGUAAAGAACACAAGACAAAAAUAAUUAAGACUAACAUUAGAUUCAUAUUAACAAAAAAUUGGUGUAAAAUUGGCUAGCAUUGUUCAUUAAGAUAACACAAACUUGACAAUUUGAAGUGUUAGUAAAUUAUGACUCACAACAACCAGCAGCUGCAAGCAGUCAUGACGAGGACUGUUUGAGUAACCCUGUGUAGAAAACAAGAUCACCUAUUAAUUUUAGUUCAAGAGUAGAUAAUUUGUUUUCAUUGAAACUCACCCCCUGUUUGGACCUUUCGGUACGAACCAAGGUAAUAUGGCACCAACAACGAACCAAAAAGCUGUUACGACAAUGAUUGGAACAGCACUUGCACCCAUGUUGAAAUUAUUUGGUGGAUAAUUCAACUGCUAACGUUUAACUACUUGCAGAACUUCGA